AAAUUGAAAAAGAGUAAAACCCCGUCAAAGCGCCAUGCAUGUUAUCAUAGCAACUAUGGCAAGAAACAAUUGGGAGCCUUUUUCGGUGGCUUCGGGUUGGCGGUGUAUUGUGCGUACAUGUAGGUGUAGCCCUGCGCGGCUUUUCAUCAGAGACUUUUCCGACCCUUCUAUUUUUCCGGAAUUUAUUUUGGUGCUGAUGGGCACAAAGCGCAGACGGUCUUGUAUUAGUGAUGAGAAUGUGGAAAGUCUCUCAGUUCCACCAGGUUUUGUGUCUCUUACAUCCUUCCUACUGAAGAGAGUAGAAAAAAGUGAAGAAAUAAAUAAUUCCAUGUCCUUCGUGAGUGCAUCUAAACAAGAGCCAAUCAAGAUGGACACCUUGUCAGACAUGACUGAUAUUGCGGAUUUGAAGACAUCGCUUAAACGAAGACCAUGGAUACUUUUUGACCAAAGCAAUCAUAGCCCGGAGGAAUUGGAAUCAGGACAGUUUGAUAUGGUGGGUCUCCCUAAAACUUGCCUUCCAAAAGGAGUUAUUCGAGGAUGGCCAGAUUGUAAUAACUGUCUAAAGUAUUUUGAACAGGUAACAGCAAGGUGGCGUCCUGAAGAGGCAGGCGGGAAUAUCAUGGAGGAGGCUCCUGUUUUCCAUCCCACAGAAGAGGAAUUUGAAGACAGUGUUGAGUAUAUUGCGAGUAUACGCCCUAAAGUAGAAGCAUAUGGAAUUUGUCGUAUUGUUCCUCCUCCGUCAUGGCAACCUCCCUGCCUAAUAAAGGAAAAGAACAUAUGGGAAGAUUCUACCUUUGUCACUCAUAUUCAGCGGAUAGAUGGGCUUCAAAAUCAGUAUUCACAGAGUAAAAUUGCUAGGUUUCAUGGAAAUAUGAAGGGUAAGAGGAGGAGUUUGAGGAUAAGUUCAAAGAAUGGCUAUAGUGAUGAAGAUACCACAAACCCCUAUGAUGUUGGAAGCUUUGAGCCUGAUCAUGGUCCAGAAUAUACACUUGAAACUUUUAAGAGAUAUGCAGAUGAUUUCAAGUGCCAAUAUUUUUGCAGUGGAACUAAGGUUACAGGUCCAGAUAAAAACUCAACUGCAUUUCAAGAGCAGGUGGAACCAUCGGUGGAAGACAUUGAGGGUGAAUACAUACGUAUUGUUGAGAAUCCAACUGAAGAAAUUGAGGUGCUUUGUAGUGCAAACCUGGACACUCGAAUUUUUUGCAGUGGAUUUCCAGGAGUAUCUAAUUCAGUCGAGAUAUCUGGUCAUCCCAAGUAUUCAAAAUCAAGCUGGAACUUAAACAAUAUUCCUAAACUGCCUGCUUCUCUUCUUUCUUUUGAAAGCCUGGAGACGUCUCAUAUCUUACUGCCUCAACUUUGUGUAGGAAUGUGUUUUUCUUCACGUCAUUGGAAAGCUGAAGAGCACCACUUAUACUUGUUGUGUUACAUGCAUUUGGGUGCUCCUAAAAUAUGGAAUUGCGUUCCAGGGAGCUAUAAUAUUAAGUUUCAGGCGGCUAUGAAGAAACACUUUCCAGACCUGUUAGUUGAACAACCUGAGUUGGGUCAUAGGCUGGUUACUGAACUAUCUGCCCCCAGGUUGAAGUCAGAGGGUAUACCAGUCUAUCGUUGCAUUCAAUAUCCUAGGGAGUUUGUUCUUGUUCUCCCAGGAGCAUAUCAUACAGGAUUUGAUUGUGGCUUCAAUUGUGCUGAGAUGGUAAAUUUUGCCCCCCUUGACUGGUUGCCCUUUGGGCAGAAUGCUGUAGAACUUUACCGCGAGCAGGGGAGAAUGACGUCAAUAUCCCAUGAUAAGCUGUUGCUCGGGGCAGCCAGGGAAGCUGUGAGGGCCAGGUGGGAAGUCGCACUGCGUGGGAAUAACACAUUGGAUAAUUUGAGAUGGAAAGAUGCGUGUGGAGUGGAUGGGAUCUUAGCAAAAUCAUUCAAGUCACGUAUUAAGUGUGAGGGCAUUACCAGAAAGUAUCUCUGCAAAUCUUCGGAGAAGCGAAAGAUGAGCAAAGAUUUUGAUACCACCAGCAAAAAGCAAUGCACAGUAUGCCUCUCCGACUUACACUUCUCUGCAGCAGGUUGCCAAUGUAAUCCAAACAAUUUUUCAUGUUUGAAUCAUGCAAAGCAGCUCUGUUCUUGCUCUUGGAGCGAAAAGUUUUUCCUCUUUCGUUACGAAAUGAACGAGUUAGAACUUCUUCUGGAAGCUUUGGAAGGAAAAUUAAGUGCAGUCUACAGAUGGGCUAAAGAAGAUCUUGGACUGUCUCUGGACUCUUCUGUCUCCAAAAGUAGUACACAAAAAUCAGGGCUUGUAGGUGGUUUACCAUCCCAUGCAGAAGAAUCAAAGCAAAAGGAGCACAAAUCGCAAGAUGUGGGAAAACCAGAUGGCAUUGGUACGAAUUCUACUUCAAGAAUCAAGGCAGAAAUAAAGGCACGUCUGCUCCAAUAUAAACUGGUUAACGAAUUGAAAGCAAAAGAAAUCCCUGUAGAAAGCCAAUAUGUAGCAACACGAAGCAGCAUCAAUAGUAUUUCUGCUUCUGCCAUCGAGACAGAAAGGAAGGCACAUAUCUUCCAAUCAACAAUGUUAGACAAACCAAAAGAAAAAGAUAACACCACGGUAUCUACAGUUGUUUCAAGUGCGAGAGAAGAUGAUACUUCAUUUUUGCAGACAAGUGUGAUAUUUGAAGUUUCUUCAGAAAGCACAAGCCUGUCAAGUUCCUCAGAAUCUGCAGACGAGACGUCAGAUCUUGUCUUUUAGUUCAGCCGAAAUCGGUCCUCUAUAGGUAGAGAAGUUGCACUUUCUGAGUCUUCAAAGGAUGCUGGCAGACGGUGCUCAGAAGUAAAAACUACUGACAGUGAGCACGGUAGAAUUUUCAUGUUUAGGCAGAAUAUAAUUAACUAAAAUAGUAAGUAUAGACAUAUGAUACUUCCUAUUGACCUGAAUAUAUAUGGUGAAUAUAAUCUUGCAGUGUCGAAGAUGGAUAAGUUUUACUCUUUAUAAUUAUUCUAAGAGAUUCUAAUUAUACUAUUGACUAGUCGAUUUGGAGUAA